UGAAAAAGAAUGAAGCCUGUAAUUCCAACUGCCAAACGACCAUCUUCGUUUAGCAUUGAAUCACUCAUUCGAACUGAAACGGACAAAUGUUCCUUACCUAAUUUCCAAGCAGACGACAUUUUCAGACGACAUUUGUUACGAAAUACGGAUACCGGAUCGCGGGUGCCCCCUACCCACCCAGAACUGUUGGCAUCAUUCAGCAGACACUGCCACGAUCAAGCCACAAACGCGCACGCCCUGGCCUUGAGGUCGUGGGGUCUAUACUCGCCAUCUCUGGAUGCAGGGACGUCUCUAUGGCCGGGGCAGUACCCCCUAAUAGGGCCCGUGUCCGUGAACCCACUUCUUGUGAACAGAACUUUACAGUCUCAGCAACUCCAUCCCUGGUUGAUGACAAGGCAAAAUCACUGUUUCAAUUAUGCAAUUCCAGGCUACACCGACUCCGGGCUUCUCUUCCACCCCUACCGUAAACCAAAGCGAAUCCGCACCGCCUUCUCCCCCCACCAGCUGCUCAAACUGGACCGCGCCUUCGACAAGAACCACUAUGUGGUGGGACAGGAGCGCAAGGACUUGGCCUCUAAGUUAGGGCUAACAGAAACUCAGGUAAAAGUUUGGUUUCAAAACCGAAGAACCAAAUACAAGCGCGUGAAAACAGAAGACGAAUCGAGUGUGCCCCAUCGACACUGUGGCCAGUCAGAAAUAUGUGAAAGAGAGAAUGACGAAACAGUUGACAGUGAUAACCCAGACGAAGACAAUCAUAUUGACGUUUCUUAGGUUUCACACUCACGAAGUUACGUCCCUUUACCCACCAUGUUGAAAAGCGAAACAUACCACUUUAGUCAUCAUGAUUAUUCGUCAGUUUGUUCUGAUUUUUACCUAGUACUAAUUUAACUACUUCGCUUUGAAUUCCAAUGCAUUUAAGAUGAAUACCUCUAACGUAUCUAUAUUUAAAUAUGAUUUAUACAUUUUCCCACGAAAUCUUAUUCUCAAAGAUAUUAGAUUUUGCUUUUGUAUCCCAUUACCUUCUUCCCUUCCUAUCGUUUGAUUUCUCGUUCUAACCAGUGCAACACGACUUGUAUAUCAAAGGCCGUGAUAUGUGUUAUCCUGUCUGUGGGAUGGUGCAUAUAAAAGAUCCCUUAUUAUUAAAGGAAAAAUGUAGCGGGUUUCCUCUCUAAGACUAUAUGUCAGAAUUACCAAGUGUUUGACAUCCAACAGCCGAUGAUUAAUACAUCAAUGUGCUCUAGUGGUGUCGUUAAACAAAAUAAAGAUACUAUUCCUCUCGCUUGUUUCCAUCUUAUUUGUUCCUGAUCUCGCAGGUUAUCGUAUCUUUCUACUUCUCUUGGUGUCCACCUCCAUAUUCCAGUCCUUGUCUAUCCAACAGAGACAGGUGCUUAUUUCAAAACAAAAUUGUAUAAAAUGGAAUGUAACUUUUACGUUUGUGCCUCAGUUUGUAUAUUAUGUUUGGACAUAAAUACUCUCACUCUGCAUACGCUACGCAAAGUAAAUGCAUUGAAUGUUGCUGUGUAAUUAACGACCUCAUUAAAAUACCCAGACAACAAUGGUAUAAUCAGACAAUAAAGCAUUAAUGCAUGGAUUGAAAGUACCACGUUUAAUUUGUCAUCAAGUAAAUUCUUACACAGUGAACCGUUUUGUUCUUGCCUGUUUGUAUAACAUGUCGAUAUGUCGAUACAUUAUUUACUAUCAAA